AUGAAUGGUUUGUUUAGGAACUACCGUUUCCUAAUGGGUGCUUUUGCACUAAUCAUGUUGAUCUUAUUGAUUAGAUCAUCAAACUCUAUACCAAAUGGUUCAGGUAUUAGCAGGCCUGUUACCCCAAACACCAAUAAGCCUGAUAGUCCACAGGACUUCAAGACUCUACCGAUUGAUGAACCUGGUUACACGGAUGAUAAGAAAACUGAAAAUAAUAACCCAGAAGUUGCAGAUGCUGUGAAAGACGCUAUCAAGUCAUCAGUAUCUGGCGAUUCUGCAAAGACAGGUAAGAAGCCUUCGGGUGAAGUCAUCGGUACUGGCAAAACUUGUACACAAGAGCAUCAAUAUGUAAUUAUGAUUGAUGCCGGUUCUACUGGUUCUCGUGUCCAUGUUUAUGAGUUCGAUAUAUGUUCUAAACCACCGAUUUUAAUAAAUGAAACCUUUGAAAUGUUGAAGCCUGGUUUGUCUUCUUUUGACACAGAUUCUAUUGGUGCUGCAAAGUCUUUAGAUCCACUACUGAACAUUGCCAUGAAUGUUAUUCCAAAGCAUCAAAGGCCUUGCUCCCCAGUAGCUGUGAAGGCUACUGCUGGUUUGAGAAUGCUUGGUGAAACUAAGUCACAAAAGAUUUUGGACGCGGUUAAGAGACAUUUAGAGGUUGACUAUCCAUUCCCUGUAGUUGGUGGCGAUGGUAUCUCAAUAAUGAGCGGUGAAUUAGAAGGUGUAUAUGCAUGGGUUACAACAAACUAUUUGCUUGGAAAUAUAGGUGCCUCUGAUAGACGUCCAACGAGUGCUAUUUUUGACCUUGGCGGUGGUUCUACUCAGAUCGUCUUUGAACCAACUUUCCCACCAACUGAAGAGAUGGUUGAGGGUGAGCAUAAAUAUGUUUUGGAUUACGGUUCUGAAAAGUACACGUUGUAUCAAUAUUCACAUUUAGGCUAUGGUUUGAUGCAAGGACGUAAUAAGAUAAAUUCUCUACUAGUCUCUAAUGCCAUAAAGGAAGGUACUAUUAAGCAAGGUGACUCUCAAACCGAGUAUGUACUCAGCUCUCCAUGUCUUCCACCAAAAGUUACAGCUCCGGUUGAGAAGGUUAAAGUCGGUGACUCUGAAACCUAUAAAGUCAAAUUUGUUGGCCCUAAGGUUGCUGCAGGUGCGCAAUGUAGAUUUUUGACUGAUUCUAUUUUGAACAAGGAGUCAUCCUGUAAGGUUCCACCAUGCUCAUUCAAUGGUGUUCAUCAACCUUCUUUGGUGCGUACUUUCCAUGAAUCUAAUGAUCUAUACAUUUUCUCAUAUUUCUACGAUAGAACAAGACCAUUGGGUAUGCCAUUGUCUUUCACUCUACAAGAGCUUAUGGAAUUGACCAGAAACGUCUGUAAUGGUGAAGAAGUGUGGGAUGAUGUUUUUGCCAAUCUUGGCGAUUCAUUGAACUCAUUGAAAAAGGAUCCUCAUUUCUGUCAAGACUUAUCUUUCUUAGGUUCAUUGCUACAUACUGGUUAUGACAUUCCGUUGCAAAGAGAACUGAAAACUGCCCAGAAGCUAGCCGGUAACGAAAUUGGUUGGUGUUUAGGUGCCUCUCUUCCUCUAAUCAACUCCAAAGACUGGAAAUGUAGACUUGAUCAGAAGGCAUAG